UAUAUCAUUACUCCCUGUAGCCCGCUUUCCAUGUUUAUUCAAUUCACCUCUCCGCCAUUUUUAAUUCCACGAGGUUUCAUGGCGGCCUCUCCUCAUCACCACCAGGUUUCAUUCACUUGCACUUCGAUGAACUUCUCAGUUUCCUCGUAGAAUCGAGGUUUAUAUACAGUAGGAAUCCGUUAGUUGGAAGUGGUAGGUUUGAGUAUUCAUGGAGGACGCUCGUAUUGAAGCCACGAAGUUAGUCGAAUCAAAAUUAAUGUUCCCACCUCACCGUCGAUCACAUCUUAAGAGCGACACUUAUCGGACUCUGGUCCGAAUCCUUUCGCCCUUCUGCGGCAGCGACGACGUCUCUUUGGCGACGGAAUUUGAUCCACAACAACUGAGACAUGCUUAUACCAGCCACUUAAAGCAAUCAACUGUAGAAUCAUCAGGCCAGCAGUUCGGUGAAGAUUUUGUAAGACCGGAAAUUGGUGAUUCAGCUAUUGAAACGGUGACAGUGGUUGAAGAUGGCGUGGGGAUGGAUAGUCUUGAAGAUGGAUAUUUUCAUGAAUCUGAAGUGAAGAUGAAUGUAAUAAAAGAUAUGUCAAUAGUGGAAAGAAGUGACAAUGGGAGUGCUGAAAGGGAACUUCAGGGGGCUAGUUCUCAAGAGAACCGUUGUGUUCAUGAGGAAAGUCAUAGUGAUGAGUUAGAGGCAGCAAAUAUGGUUGAAGGAAAUAAGGUGCUUAUUGAUGACAACAGUAGCAAUAAGAUGAGGUCUUCGGAUCAGACCAAUUGUGAAAAUGAUCAAAUAUCACCUAAAAAGUUCCAGGAAGAAAUUGUUGAACAUCAACAAGUUAUGGCUGAACAAGAUGCUGUGAACAGAGCCCAGAAUCUUUCUAUGACGAUAUUCUCGUCAGAAGGCGACAACAUUGAGGAGGCUUCUAAACAUAAGGACAAUCAGGAAAACAUACUUCCGAUUGAAGAUAAGGGCAUGUACCAAUUGACUGAAACACAACCAAAAGAAUCAAAACCUGAGGGCAAAGUUUGCGAGCCUUGUUUAGAGAUGGAGAGAUCUCAUGUUUCUAGUUUUGAGGUCAUGGAGGUGGAAGAUGGUGAACAAUGUAGUGAAAAGGUUUGGGGGUUAGAUCUCUCAUGUUUGGAUAAAGAGAUGCCUUUCUGGGCUAAUGAAUUGAGUAAGGAUAGUGAAGAUUGGGCUGUUUCAAUGGAGGUUGACACCUCCGAAGUAGGGCACAAAAUAGUGUCUGAAAAUAUACAAAUGGACAAAUGUUUGAUUGAAAAUGAAGACAUUGAGGAGGGUGAAAUUUGUGGUGAUUCGACACAUGAAAUUUCAGAAGAUCCAGCUGUAUUAGAUGAGAAGCAUUCCUUGAUUCAAGCUAAUGGAGAAGCAAAGAAGCCGGAUUCCUUAUUCUCCGACAUAGUCAAGUAUGCAACUCAUGAGAAUAAAGAAGAAUCCAAACAAAAGAAGAGUAGUUUGGAUGCUUGUAAACAUGGUAGUAUGGAUUCUGUAAAAAUGGUGACAACUAUAAUAGAUCAAAAUGAUUUUAUGUUAGAGGAAGCAGGAUAUACAGUAAAGGAUAGUAGACCCAAAAGGGAUGCAGAUUCUUUUACCGCACGCAUUAGUAAUCAAGUCCCUUGUGGCCAAGUUCCAAGUGAAUGUGCAACUGGACGGAAAGAAAUUGUAUCGACGGAAAAGGAAACUGGAGCUUGCAAUAAGAAAAAACGUGGUUCAUGUACAGAAGGGAGGAAAGAAAGGAAAAAGAUUCAGAAAAGAAAGAAGCGGGCAGAGAAGAACAGAAAACUUGGUGUCAAAAGGUUGAAGCUACUUCCAGUAACAAUGCCUAAACCUGUGGUAUACUGUCGUCAUUAUAUCAAGGGGAGGUGUCAUGAGGGUGACAAGUGUAAAUUUUCUCAUGAUACAACUCCUGCGACAAAAUCCAUACCAUGUAGUUAUUUUGCACGUCAUUCGUGUAUGAAAGGUGACGACUGUCCUUUUGAUCAUCAGCUGUUCAAGUAUCCUUGUAGCAAUUUUGUAUCAAAAGGUUCAUGCCCUAGAGGUGAUACUUGUAUGUUUUCACACAAGAUUUUGCCCCAAGAACCGUCUAAUAUGCAAAAUUUGAAAACCCAAUCGAAACCACCAGUAACACCGGAUAGUUCGGAUUCUCAAAGGAAAUCAAAUAUGAGUGGUGGCACUAAGCAAAAGCCUGUUUCUGUUACUGGACCCAGCUACGCUGGAGCUUCUUGCAAUAGAACUCCACAGGGAGAAUCUUUGCCGAAAAAAACAACGGGAUCACUGCCGAUUGGAAUCAGUUUUCUCUCUUUUGGGAAGUCACCCGACCAUUCUUCGCAGGUGAAGAACAAUGAUGUGGAACGUAGGAAUUCGUUAACCCAAAGUGGGUUGUGUUCAGUUGAAAAUUCUAGCGAAAUCUCAAGGAAGAUUCAGCCACAAAGCGCGCCAGAGGGGAUAAGUAUUCUAUCGUUUGGUAGAACUUCACUCAGGUCUAACAGUGAGAACUUUGCUACACCUUCAAGCUAUAAUGCUGCCACUAUUACAUCCGGUAAUCAGACUCCAUCUGCUUCGAAAACUGGUCACGAUCCCAUUGAACUGGCGAAGAAAGUACAAAUGACAACGUCCAAACUGACGAACUUCUUUUCUCCGGUAGGAAAUUGUACUUCCAACUCAAAAGUGAGUUCUGAUCUAUCUGUACCGAUGAAGGAAAGCAUGUAUGUUAAGCCUGAAGGCUUAAGUACAAUAUUCUCGAGGCUUCCCGGUACUUCGAUGACAACAGGUCAAUAUUCUGAUAGCUCAGCUUCUAGUAUGAAUAAGGGAACUCCAAACUCCGCUCAGAAGGCUCUACUGUCAACAUUGGCAUUUGCUGCAAAAUAUGAGUCGAUGAAUAAGGGUAAAUCAAGUGCUUCUGCUGGAAGUAACGAUGGUAACAAGGAAGAUAGGAAUGAGAAGAUAAGUGGAAGUCUGAAGAAUGAUCAAGCCAAAGCUUCAAAACUUUUGGAUUUCUUAUUAGGCGUUGGAUCUAAGUCUAAUCUGAAAUGAGAGUGGUUGUAGAUUGCUGCUACUAACCCAGCUGAGCACUGGGAAAAUGGGAUCAAUCAGCUAAAUCAGGGAUCGAAGAGAAUUCAUUCUGUCGCCUUGCUUUCUUUCUCGGUAACACGUUCAUGGUUACGAAAUCUGAUUAAUACCGAAUCGGGUAUGAACAUGCUGGGACUGAGAAAGACAAAAUGCUGCUGAUCAGAAGCUUGCAUUGUGUUAUCCCAUCACAAGCCUAUGUUCAACGAGGAGCUGAAAGCGUCAUGAUAAGGAAGGAAUUGGCAUCCAAUUGAACGACGAUGCUUGGUUCUUUGAUCCACCCUAAAGAACUUGGUUAGGUCACUGUUUUUGCAGCAUGAGAUCGUAUGAACAUCGCUAUCGUCUUUUCGGCGGGGGAGUGUAUUUGAUGGAGAGCCAUUCCUAUCGCUAUCUUCAAUAAAAUUUUGAAAUUAAUUUGGAAAAAAAAAAAAAAUUAUAUUCCUAAUGUAAAGAUUUAUUUAUAUUCUAAAGACUUAAAAGUUAGACUGAAUUUAAACAUCUCAUAGUAUAUAGAGAUCAUUUCAUGUA